AUGGGCGAAAAACGCCAGCAGAACGAGUAUGCCGAGGCGGAGCCGAUGGCCAAGAGGCCCAGAAGCGGUGGUUUCAGUAAAGACCAGCAUGCAAAGAAGCACACGGCCAAGCCGGACUCGUCGAGCUGGGCAAAGAAGCGGGCUCGUGCGAUUGAGCGGCGCAUGCAGCGCAACCCCGACACGCUGCCGGCGAACGUGCAGCAGGACCUGGAGCGCGAGCUGAUUGCGCUUCGGCAGCAGCUGAACAGCCGGCAGGAGAAGAAGCAGCGGACGUACAUGAUCUCCAAGUACCACAUGAUUCGGUUUUUUGAACGGAAAAAGGCGAUGCGUCUGGAGAAACAGCUGCGGCGACGGCUUGCCGAAUCGGACGACCCGAUGGAGGUGGCAGCCAUCAAGGCAGACCUGCACAUUGCCGAGGUGGACCGGAUGUACGCGACGUACUUUCCGUUUAUGGAGCCCUACGUGAGCCUGUAUGCGGCGAAGGAGGAAAAGGAGAAGGAGGAGAAGGGUGGCAAGGGUGACGAGGACGACGAGGACGACGACAGUGAGGGCGGCGCAAAAUCAAAGGCUGGCAAAACGGCUGGCAAAAAGGCCGGCAAGAAGGCCAAGGGCGAGGACAAGGUGGAGGCCAAGGCUGACAGCAGUGCGACAAGCAAAGCGGCGCAGUUGUUGCACGCGCCACGGCCACCGAUCUGGGCCCUGGUUGAGACAGUGAUGCAGUCCGGCGACAUGAGGGAGCUGAAGCAGCUACAGGAGCGGCAGCCGAAGAAGACGGCCGAGAAGGCAGGCAGCAAAACAGCGACGGGAGCGAAGGAGGAGAAGAGGGAGGAUAAGAAGGCCAAGGGCCAGGAGGAUGAUAGCGAUGAUGGUGGUUUCUUUGACGCGAUGUCAUACAACCAGCUCCGGGCCUGGAUCGAAGCCCAGGAGGCCUUUGAGCGGCAGAAUGGCAGUCCGGCGCCGCUGACGGACGAGCAGCGCCGGGCCAUGGCGGUGCUGGUGCCGGCGCCGAUGGUUCUGCCGGCGGGCGACGGGGCGAUGGAGGCGAGCACGGACUGGAUCAGCCGUCUGAUGCACUAUGAGCAGUCCAGACCGUACGACGCAGCCGGCAGCCGUGCCGAGUUCAUCGAAGAGCCCAUCGCCUCACGCGGCGGCGGUCCACCAUACUGGCGGUGCUGGUGUCGGCUGCCGCGCGAGGCGCCGUCGCAGCGAUUCCCCGACGCAGACACCGUGGCAGCCGAUCCGCAUGCCGCCGUCUUCCUCCGCAAAAAGGACGCCAAGAAGUUUGCGGCCCAGUGUGCGGUCCGAUGGCUGAUGGCGCACCACUACAUGCCGACAGCCGUCACGGGCAGCAGCCCACGGCCGCCGGUUUCGUCCACGUCCACAGCCGUCGCCAGACGACUGUCCUCGCUGCCCCUUCCCGUGCCAUCCACCUCUCCGCCUUCUCGUCGUCUCGUCCAUCAGGCGCAGCAGCCAGACACGACAACGACGACUGCUGCUGCACUGCCGUCUCCCAAACAGAUCCUACCAGCUUCCACCUCCACCUCCUCUUCCCUCCCACAGCCACUGUCGUCCUCUCCCGACGAGGAGUCCACGCUCGCAGACUAUCGCGCCCGUCUGUCUCAACCGGCUGACUCAUCCGCCACCAACGCCAAGGUCUCGUCCAUGGCCUCGUGGCAGUCGUCGUCGCCCUCCACCAAGCGCAGACGCGGCAGCGACGGCGACAGCACGUCCAACGUGCGCAGCCUCCAGGACUUGUGCCAGAAGCUGGGCAUGGCCAUGCCGGAACUCCGCGUGACCGCCUGCAGGGGCCCCAAUACCGGCUUCUUCGACGGCGUCGCCGUCUUUCUGCCGCAGAAGAACAGACCCGCUCCUGUGGUCCUCCCGACUGGCGUCGGCUCUGUCUCCAUGGUUUACACCCGAGAGGCCACGAAGGAGAAGCUGGCCCAGAGCGUGCUUGCCCAUCUGGCUUCGGCUGCAGCCAAGGACCAGUAA